AUGUCAACAGCGGCAUCGCCCGUGCACUCUACCGGUGUAGGAGGGGACAUUAGCACAGAAGGACUUACUGCAACUACCCUUAUCUCAUUUAACACUACGGUCAUCUCCCCCCGUUCAGGGAGCCUUUUUUCAGAUAAUGAUGAUCUUGAAAGAAACAACAAGAUCCUGCAACGGCUGCUGAAUGAAGCAACACAAGUGGCCACGUCUGACGACGAUGCCAUUUCGAAUGAGAGUGAGAAGGGGCCCCUGGCAACGUUUUCUAUUUAUGCACCCAAUGUCCUCGACGACCCGUCUAACCCCUACGGUGAGCUCCCGACAGGUCCCUCUUGUAACGCCUCACAAAGCAACAAUGGGUUUAUAGUGGAGGGAAGCAGUACGGUUCCUGAAAAGAAAACCCCAGUACUACAUGGUGUGCUACCGCCGCCACCACCGGUAUACGGUGGCACACCCAUCAUCGGGGCAAGUGUGUUUCCCUACUCUGGGAUUCCUCAUGUGAGCCCUGCAAUUACUUCAGUGAAGGCACCGCCAUCGUUUGCGGAGGCCAUUGCGAAAACUACCCCUUUGUCAAUGCCAAGAAUGUCGAUGCUGGAAAAUUCACCCAUGGUGGGCAAUUAUAUGCAUUCCACCUCAGCUACUCCACAGCCCGCUGACAGCAUUAUACUACGUAAUCUAAAUGGAGUAUUCCUGCUUAAACCUGUUGCAAAUAAAAAAAUAAUGCAAUACACACCGCCCACGGCAAGCAACUCCCCUCCGAUUUCACCACUCCCGCGGUACACGCUGCCGGCUGCUGCAGGGCCGUCACCUAGUACCAUGUUUCUAGGUGGAAAUUCAACGCAGACCCAUCCUCAGCACACUUGCGCAUCCAGUUACGGUGAUCCCCCACAUUACAGUAUGGUCGCGGGAUGUAACGGAGGCGCAGUCAACACUCCCUUUUUCUCUGGAGGAGUAUACACGCAGAGUAUUGCGUCAUCUCGUGGAACACCCUCCUACACAGCGGCACCACCACCUUACAGCGCAGUAUAA